UCAGACUGCAAAGGUUAAUCACAGGCAGAAAUUGCAUUGUGUCUUUCUGUCAGACAUAACUUUCAGAUCAGUCAAAAGAAAUGAAGGAAGGAGGAAAGGAGUAGCCCAGCUGCAACUUCACAGGCUUUAUUUGAGCAGCUGCUGGCUGAAGCAGAGAGGUGGGAGAUGGUCGGCCCUUCGUGUUUGGCGAAAGCGAGAUUAUCUGCUCUAAUGACGUAACUGUAGUAAAACCAAAAAAAGGACAGUAAACUGUUCAGUUAAGAAUCCCAGUGAUCCUUCUGGCUGUAAUCAGGUGUGAUGAAAUGAACCAGACACUCAUUUUUGAGUUCUCAAUCAUCUCUAUCAUUCUGUGAUCUUCUCUCCAGAGUGAGGGGUCCGAACCCAGGGUGCGGGAGCCCCUCUGCAUGUCAGUGUGGGUUUUCUCCAGGUGCUCUAGCUUCCUCCCACAGUCCAAACACAUGCAGGUUAAUUGGUGACUCUAAAUUGUCUGUAGGUGUGAAUGUGAGUGUAAAUGGUUGUCUGUCUCUAUGUGUCAGCCUUGUGAUAGGCUCCAGCCCCCCCGCGACCCACAACAGGAUAAGUGGUUACGGAAAAUGAAUGAAUGAACGUCUGUUCUCAGCUUCCGUGUAAACCAAAAUAUUGGACAAAUUGAAAUUUUGACCUGAUUAUGUGCUUGAUCUAAACUUAAGCGAUCACUAAAGUUAUCACAAUUCAUUUUGAGGAGGACAUGAGGGUCUACCAAAAGUUAAUCUUCGCUAAAAAACCACAAAAGUGAACCUCUUGGCGCCGCAAGAGGAAGUCAGGGGAUCACUAAAGUCACCAGGGUUCAUCCUCUGGGGAUUAUGAGACUGUAUUAAAAGAAUUGUCUGAUGCAAUUGUGCAUGCCUGCUUGACAUCACGCUUUAAAUCCCACAAAUUCUGGAUGAGUAAAACCAUGAUAAUGUAAACAUUUCCAAAGAAGACAAGACGCUGAAGGAUCAGAGAGACGUUGAAAGACACUUCUGUUACCAGGUAGUGAAAAGUUAGACGGAUGGUUUGUCAGCGGCAGCAGAGAUGGUGAGUGACUUUGUUGAGAAGCCAAAUAUGUGAGAGGUCUGGAUGGGCCGUGAGGUGAGACAUUAACCUCUCCUUGACCCCAUAAGAAGAGGAUUUGGACUUAAAGUGAGGAAUGUGUGUGAAAGGUGAGAUAUCUUUCUCUUUUUACUCACUUCUUUUUUCCCUUUAAAUAUACAAGGGGCCGCUCUCACUGACUGUGUGUGUGUGUGUGUUGGCUGCAUCCAUGGAGAUAUCAUGACGUGAAGGAGGCAUGGAGCUCACUCAGUUUCCAUCAUGUCUCUCUUUUAAAGUGGCUCAUCUGCAUCUGGAAGUGAUGUCAUAAAGUCCAUUCACAAAUAAAGUCCAGACAGGAUGCAUGUUGAGAUUUCUAUAUGCUCUUUUUGUAUUUAAGUCUACAGGAACAUUUUGACAAAACGUGUCAAGGUGCCUGUAAAAACACUGGUUCAGUCAUUAGGAAUGAUUUAUGUCUGCAGUAUGUUUCCACGUUACGAUGAGUCUCCUGUUCAGGGUUGUUCUCAUGCCUUAUGGUAUGUUUAAUGUUCUUACGUGAAAGCGACUUCUGUCAUCUUCUACAUGCUAUAUUUGACUCCACUACAGCUCAUUUAAAUAUUUUAAAGCACACUCUGUUUUCAGAAUAACACAUUUAUUUAUGUUUUUCAGUGCUGCAUGACAGGAAGAACACCAUGAUCCAAAAUAUUGCAUGGGUUAAUUGCUAUACACUUAGAAAAUAUAGUCUGUGACAACAACCUAAACUCAAAUCCAGCUUGUGUCCAGAGUUCAUCAGUCACUGUCCAAUCUUUACUCCCUCUCUUUGCUCCUCUAUGUCUCCCUUAAGUGUUAAUGUACUUUAAGUGCCCAAUUAUUUAGUUAGUGUGUGUACACCUUGGGUGUCUCUCCCAACAAGUGGGGGAGGAUCUGGGGAACAGGAGCAUCUAUAAGCAGAGGGAGGAGAAGGAGGGGCGCCUCACACCAGAGGGUAUAUCAGACCCUCACCAUCAGGGUCCGCGAUGCUGGGACGACUACUACUUCAGAGCGCAGUGGUUCUUUGGCUGGUGCAGACAGUGCACACAGGGGGUUAUGGUGCUGCAGCUGGAGUAUCCAAUGGACAUGGGCCGCAGCCUAAUGGAAGAAAACUCCACAAUGGUGGAGGUGUAGGACGAAUGCUGAUGCCAUCAAAAGGUGUGGGUCAGGUGAUGGGUGCUCAAAAUGGAUACGGCGGAUAUCCCACCAAAGGCAUAGGCUAUGGUGCAGCUGCUGGUGGGACCAAUGGAGGAGGGACAAAAGGCUAUGGAGCAGCAGCGGGUGUAACCAGUGGACAAGGUGGUAAACCACAGGGAGGAGAUCCAGCAGUUUUACCGAAUGGAAAUGGAGCAAAAUCUAAUGGAUAUGGUGUUCAAGCCGGCCCAACCAAUGGACAACAAAUGAAAGGCAACGGCUAUGGUGUUCAAGCUGGCCAAACCAAUGGUCAACAAAUGAAAGGCAACGGCUAUGGUGUUCAAGCUGGCCAAACCAAUGGACAACAAAUGAAAGGCAACGGCUAUGGUGUUCAAGCCGGCCAAACCAAUGGACAACCAAUGAAAGGCAACGGCUAUGGAGCUCAAGCUGGCGGUUACGGCGGACAAGCAACUAAAGGUUAUGGAGCACCAAAUGGAAACAGCGGCCUUUUUAAUGGUUACGGUGCUGCUGCUGCUGGUGCUUUAGGUGGGAAUGGAGCUAAACACACUGGUAAUGGAGCUGCAGCUGCUGCACAUAAUGGACAUGGAACUAAAGGCUAUGGGGCUGGAGCUGGUUCACCUAAUGGAAAUGGGGCUAAAACUAAUGGUCAAGGAGCAGCAGCUGGUCCAUCCAAUGGGGCAAGACCUAAUGGACAUGGGGGAGCUGGUAGUAAACCAAUGAAAGGAUACGGUCGACCACCGUACGGCGCAGGUCCAGGUGUGGGGAUUGGAGCCUCCAGAGGUCUGGGUGUACCUCAACUUGCCAGGCACCAAGGAUAUGGAGGUAAUGGUUAUAACGGUUAUGGAGCUCAGCCCAUGGGAGGCCACAUGGGUGGUUAUGGCAGCGCUGGUUUGGGUUUGGGACCUCGGUAUGGAAAUGGAGGAAUGAAGGGGCCGAAGCCUGGCUAUGGUGCUGCAGCAGGUGUUGCCAAUGGACAAGGUGCAAAAUCAAAUGGUUAUGCUGGAGCCAGAGCCCCUAAUAGGAAUGGAGCUGUGCCAAAUGGUUAUGGAUACCCAAGUGGUGGAGCCACCAAGCCAGCAAAACCAGGUUAUGGCAAUAUUCCCAAUGGGUAUGGCACCAAACCCAAUGGAUAUGGAGCCACCAGAGGAGGUGCUAUGAGACCUCAACCAGGUUAUGGAAAUGGAGCUGUUCCUAAUGGAUAUGGAGCUAAACCCAAUGGUUAUGGAGCUGCAGCUGGAGCUGGAGCUGGAGCAGGUGUUACCAAAGGCUAUGGAGCCAAACCCAACGGUCAUGGAAAUGGUGCUGCGCUUGGUGGAUAUGGAGGUAAACCCAAUGGAUACGGAGGCUCAAAACCACAAACUACCAAAGGUGUUGGAGCAGUGUCGCCCAGUGGAGGUGCUAAAUCACUCGACACAGGCUAUGGUGGUCCUGCUGGUGUACCUAAUGGACAGCUGGCUAAAGCAGCAAAUACAGGCUACGGCAUGAUGCCAAAUGGUGCAGGUGUGUCCAAUGAAAAGGGCCUAAAAGGUGGAGCUCUCUCACCUGAGCAGCCGAGUGCAACACCAGAGGAGGCUGCUGCACCCCCACCAGCAGUAACUUACGGUGCAGCACCUGUUGCCCCAGAGCCGACGAGUGGUAUCCUUGUUAUGGUGACACAAGAGAAAUAUCAAAAGCUGCCUUCACCCGUGCCACAAGGAAAGAGCUACAAACAGACACCACUAAUCCCUCAGGCUACACCAGAACCAGCACCAGCCAUUCCUCAAGGCAAAGGCCCAAAGCCUGCAUUUGAACCCGCACCUGAACCACUGGGCAAAGCUCCGAAAGCAGCCACAUCUGGAACUGCACCAGUAGUUCCCCACACUGACCCAGCACCAGAGCCGGAAGCAGUCCCCCAUCAAGUGAACGGAGGAGGAGCUUCAGUGUCCAAGGGACAGGGAGCUAAACCAGCCAAACCUGACUGUGGACCAUCAGGAGUACCAAAUGGACAAUGGAUGAAAAUACCAAGACCUGGUUAUGGAGCAGGAGCUGGUGUUCCAAAUAGAUUUGGUGCCAAACCAAACGGAUACGGUGCCAGUGCAGGGGGAUAUUCAAACGGAGGAGCUAAAGCAAACAAACCAGCUUAUGGAGCAGGAAGCUACACUGUCCCUGGACUCAGCAAUGGAUAUGGAGCUGCAGGCCUUGGAUAUCCCUAUGGAGGGAAACCUAAUCAACCUAGUUACGGACAAGGAGCAUAUCUCGGAGCUGGAUAUGGAAAUGGAAAUUCAUACGGAGGAAGCGCAGGUCUGGGUGACGCUGGCAAGUCCAAAUCAGCGUAUGGAAAUGGAAAUGGCUACAGUGCUGGUGUACAGCCGGACUAUGCAAGUCUUGGUCAAGGUGUUCCUACUGUUAAUGGAAAAUCAGGUGGUGCCAAACAGAUGCCUUACAAUGGAGCCCCAGUGGUUCCUGCUGGACUCGAUGGAAUGAGCCAGUUUGAGCCCCAGUCUGCUGGUCUUGGUCCAAAUGGAAAAUUGGGCGGCAUGUAUGGUGGAAUGGGUGGCUUGCCAUUUGGCGGUCAGACUCUGGGAGUGGGUGCAGAGAAAUCUAACACCAAGUAUGGCAUUGGUGGGCUGCAGUUUGGUGGACAGCCCCUCAGUACAGGCACUAAUGGAGCAGGAAAGUAUGGUUAUGGUGGAAGCCCCUAUGGGCCUGCUGGAGAUGGCAAAUCAUCUGGAAAAUAUGGUGGUCUUGGUGCUGGCAUGGGUGCUAAUUCUGCACCAGCACAAUAUGGAUAUGGAGGAUUCCCCAAUGGUGGACAGCUUCUUGGUCUCGGCAGUAAUGGAAAGACAGCCGGCAAAUAUGGUUAUGGAAGGAUGCCUUAUGAAGCUCAACCAGCUAGACUGAGCCCUGAAGCCGAAUCUAACGGCAAAUACAGUCUGGCUGGAUCAUCAUAUCAGCCUGAACCUCUGGGACUUGGACAGAACGGAAAAUUAACAGGCACAUUAGGUCUGGCUGGAUCAUCAUAUCAGCCUGAACCUCUGGGACUUGGACAGAACGGAAAAUUAACAGGCACAUUAGGUGGCGGUGAAGUUCCCUAUGCACCGCAGGCCCUUGGUUUUGGGAGCAAAGCAAAAUCUGCUGGGAAAUACGGUAACCAGGGACCAUACCAGUCACAGCCCCUUGAAUCUGUAUCUGAAAGCAGAUCUGGUGGAGAAUAUGGUGCAGCUGGUUUACCGUAUGAGUCCCUGCCUCUGGAGACAGAUUCAGCUGAAAAAUCUUACGGGAAGGUAGAGGUGCCGACACCAGCAGUUGCAGUUGAAGGCGAGGGGAUGUCCAUUGACAGAUAUGAAAAUGUGGGCUAUAUAAAUGGACAAGUGCAGCCAGAAGUUGUUGCGUUUCCUGCAGCUCCUACUCCCAGCCCUACUCUGGCCUACCCCUCUGACCCGUCCUAUCUGCCUGUGGAGUCUUUCACGCCUGAUGUGGAACCUGAUGCGGGUGUUAGCGACCUACCUGACCCUGCAGGGACUGCCGACCUCGCCCUCGACUCUGCACCUGCCGCAGAUUCGCUGGGUGUGGCUCAGGUGCCUGAGCAACCUGAUGACCUGCUUCAUCAGCAGCAGCUGCCGCGUCAGAUUCACAUUCAGCAGCAUCUCAAACUGCAUUUUCACCCACAAGGAGCAAAGAACGGCAAAUAUGACUUGAACGGCUUCUUUGGGAACAGUGGCUAUCAAGGUUAACCCCACAGACAACGACAAGCAUAAUCUAUUUCUGUCAUUGUAUAUUAUCUUUGAUUGUUUUCUAAUUGUAUAUUAUUUUUAUUUUCUUCUGUCUGUCAAAUAGUCUUGGUAUUUUUGUGUUUGUUUGUAGCGAAAAUAACAUUUAAACAUUUUCUGUUUCAUGUAUGUUUUUAUGCACCCUGCAUUACCUUUUGUCCUGCACUUACUGCUCAGUGUACAUGCAAGAGAGGAAAUUAAGACAUGGAGUGAGUCUGCUGCACAGUAUAGUUGAAUCAGAUAGUUUUGCCGGAUGUUGUCAUCUCAAAUUAAUCCUGUUAUUCAGUCUAAUUUAUUUUGCAUGGGAAAGGGUUUUUUACUACUUGUUGCAAGCAUCUGU